GAGGGAACCACCUCACUUUGAUCCGAGUGAGGCCAUGACCGUCACACGUACGAGUAUGAUUUGAUCAGAAGAACAACCUCGCCUGGUCAUAUUGUCUCACAAGUUCUGCCGAGGAAGCGGAGUGAGGUUCAAAGAAAGCAAACCCAAGAAUCUACUCGCAGGACUGUCCGCCCAACAUGCACAACGCCCUCAACCGGGUCCAGACGACCUUUGGGUUCUUUACGACUUGCGCCUUCACCCUAGCGGCCAUCAUUGCCUUGUUGUCCGUCAUCCCCAUACCUUCUCCCUCGGGUUCACCGAGUGCCUCCGUCGCGGUCCGAAAUGUCCAAGUCGUCAAAGGUCGCGCUCAUUAUUACACCAAGAAACGAGAGGAAUUCGCACAGGUUCGAUUCGACCUGGACGCGGACCUUUCCAGCUUGUUCACUUGGAACACGAAACAGUUGUUUGUCUACGUGACGGUCAAUUAUCCUUCUGGUGGUGGUGACGAUGCCACCACAAACAACAAAAUGUCCGAGGCCGUCAUCUGGGACACAAUCAUCCCAGCCACUUCAACCCCGUGGUCGUGGCAGAACCUGAAACAAAAGUACUUUCCGGACAAGAAGAACAAGCCCAAAAAGAGCAAGAGGGAGUCGAUGAGCAAACAAUCCAAAGAUCUGGUCAAACCCGGCUUCAUCUCUCUGAAGAACCAAAAACCAAAAUACCACGUCACCGACCCGAGCGGCAUCAUCGCCGAGAGGGCCAACGCCACUUUGCAAGUCGGCUGGAACGUCCAACCCUGGGUGGGCGCGUUGGUCUGGGACAAGGGACUUUUGGGACAGCGCGUGGGUAAAUGGAGAGCCGGCAAGGUCGGAAAGUCACAAGUGUUUCGAUUCCCGCCUCGGAAAGGAACCACCACCAGCACCACUGCGGCGGCCAAGGAUCAGGGACAAAAAACAGCUCCCGAAGCUGGGUCCGCCUCUCCAAUUGUCGAUGUGUGAGGUCUGCAGGGACUUACUUUCACUACUUCACUGCUUCCGGAUGUUUCAAGUGUAACAUGAUCAGGGAUCAGGUUGAUGCUGUUAAAAAGGCAACCUUUUUCCCGAGUCUCGUGGACAGGACAGGACAAGACAAGGCGCUGGUGCCCUGCUGAAGACUGCAAAUUUCCCAUCCCAGUAAACGGUUUUCUUUAGGAGCGCCCCCAAUAUUUUUCACAAGAGCGAUAGAGAACGAAUGACAAUCCACUCAUGUUGAUGUUUGAUGGGCUCGUUCUCGCUCUAUGACUCCGAAACAAGCCAGUUCACUGGAGGAAAAUCAUCCCGUCGGCCUUUCAUGGAAUAAGACUCUGAAGGUACUCCCAACAAGGGUGAUGCUUCGGUCGGAUGGGUCGAGAUUUUCCAUCCCAAACAAACAGUCCUGAGCUCAUUGGCCUCCUAUGAAGUUCUGCUGCUCGGUUGAACUGUUAUUACACGAGAAGAACGCGCACAUCUCGCAAGGGACUUACUACCAAGGACGGGAUAUAGUCAAUAGUCCCUGCUAGCUUACAUUCCUUUUUAAGUCGUUUCUCAUUAAGUCUCAAAUACCAUGAAAUGGG